AUGGUCGAUAACGUUUUAGUUGAACUCGGGAACGAAAAAUUGGCCGAAAAGAAACUGUGGACAUUGUCUGAUUUGAAGUUGUAUGAGACGGCUAUUCGAUGGGAAACAGAAAUUGGCGCGACGGUGGUUUGGGUUGGCAUCAACGGCAAACUUGGCGGUAUUUUGAAAGCAGAAGAUUCGUUGAGGCCGAGUGCGAAAGAUGCGAUUGCGAAAUUACAGAAAUCAUCGAUCGACGUGAUCAUCUUAACCGGCGAUAACAAAGGCGCGGCGGAGAUGUGCGCCAAAAAUGUCGGCAUCGAUGUGCACACGAACGUGUUCAGCUCGCUGACACCGAACGAGAAACUGAAUAGGAUUACUGAGGAGGUUCAAAAGCAAGAGAAAGAGUUAGUGGCGCGAAAAAAAACAAUCUUCCGAACGUCUGGACGUGGUACAAUUGCGAUGGUUGGUGACGGCAUAAACGACGCGCCGGCGUUAUCGGCAGCGGACGUUGGCGUUGCCAUGGGCGUUGCCGGAACCGCGGCAGCGAUGGAGACCGCUCCAGUCGCAUUCAAUCUGACGAACGAUUUGAGUCGUCUCGCGGAUACGAUUUAUAUCGGAAGAAGAUGCGUCUUGAAGAUUCGACAAAACAUUUUCUUUUCGGUGACGACAAAAUUAGUCGUUUUAGGCCUGACUUUUGCCGGUUUGGCUGGGUUGUGGCAAGCCGUCGUCGUGGACGUCGGGAGCGCGUUGGUUGUCAUUUUCAACGGCAUGUCGAUUUUGCGCGAAGCGGAGAAGGAUGACGCGAGACGAAACAAGAUUUCACACGAAAUUGGCGUUAAAUUUGCGGAAGAAGAAAAGGAGAAACAGAAACUGUUGGCGGAGCGGCAACAAGUACAUUCGCACGGUCAUUCGCAACAAGUGCAUUCGCACGGUCAUUCGCACGCGCACGAUCAUUCUUGCUGCGACCAUGACAAGGAAGAAGGAAAAAAAAACAGUCCCCCCUUCGUGUUGCGCGGCGGCAGUAACAGUAACAACAAUACAAAAUCAAGCGCUUAG